AUGGGGACAACUUCUCCUUCAGCUGAAUCAUGUAGUAUGAUAACCCCUGUUUCUAUUGGCAAGAGUGACUCUGUUGUCAGUAAAAAUCCCAGCACGGAUAGUAGAAUCAAUAGCGAUCGUAUGGCAUUUAUUGCUAUUCCUAAUGGUUCUAACAUAAUUACUUCCCUUAAGAGGCCAUGUAGUCAAGAUGACUCGUGCAACAAAGAAGCAGACGGCUUAGGCAAUGGCAAGCUGAGGGGUUCCUCCCCAAAUAAAGAUUCUUCUUGUUCUGAGGACGUAAAGUUACAGAUGAAUAAUGGGACGGUGAAGGCUCAGAAAGACCUUGCAAAGGGAAGCCCAUGUAAUGUUCGUCAAAAUGCCUCUGGUGUUUCUGAUGGUCCAAGCCAAAACUAUGUUAAGGUAUGUCCUCCUAACCAUAUUAUAAGAACUAUAGAGGGAGUAGUAAGGAAGAAGGGAAGUGAAACCCACGCCCCUGAAGCUAAGAAUGGCCCAAGUGGUGAGCACCUACCCCAAGGAACUUGCGAGCUGUCAAGGGAUAGGAGGGAUGUUACACCAAAUCUGAUUGUGCCAGUAAUGGAAGCAAAUCUAUCCUCCCAAAGUACAUGA